GAACCUUUAGAGGCCAGAUUCCUUCCUUUGAAUACUAUGUCUUCAGUUGGGUUUUAUGGUCCAAGUACAGCUACGGUCAGUCCUGUUUUACAUUACCCGUAUCAUUUUGUAGCGGGUCAGUAUAUCAGUCCAGAGAUGCAUUCAUUUCACUCCCGCGAUAAAGAUAUCCUAACAGUAUUACCGGGUUAUAUGAGCCAAUGUCAUCAUCCAGCUCUGCAUGGAAUGUCCUACUACAACACAGAUAACGAGAAACCAACUCAGUCAUACAUUGGUCUUAUUGGAAAAGCAAUUCUCAGCUCUCCACAACAGAAACUUGUACUGGGUGACAUCUACAACUAUAUUUUGACGCAUUAUCCUUACUUCAGAAACAAGGGACCGGGAUGGCGGAACUCCAUACGCCAUAACUUAUCACUGAAUGAUUGCUUUGUUAAAGUGGGUCGGUCUCCCAAUGGCAAAGGACACUUCUGGGCCAUCAACCCUGUCAACUAUGAUGACUUUAGUCGGGGUGAUUAUAAGCGAAAAAGAGCUUCGAGGAGAAAUGGGGAACUGAAUUCUUCGACAGAAAGAUGCUCGAAAGAAAAACAUGCAGGAAAAGAUGAGAGAACAAGAGACAUCGGCUACUAUGAAUCGAGAAAAGUACAUUUGAACAUUGAACGCGGUACCAGUGAGUCACAAAAAAGAGGUUUUCAUAUAGAAACUAUUUUGUCCAAUUAGCUGCAAUAGGUUAAAAACAGGCCAAAAUACAGAAGAAAAGCGAAACAACACAGAAACGGAUGCAACAUACUCUAGUCAGCAUGGUAAAAGAAAAAGUGACGUGUGGAACUAAUACAUCAGCCGGGAUAGAACGUUGGUUAGUAAAGAUUCUACAGUAACCAAACACAAUCAAAAUUUUUAUAGAGUAGGCGCUAUUGUUGGAGUAAGUUCGAAAGUGUAACUAGUUGUUGCGGGUUAACGUUUACAAAUAAUCAGAGUAGCAGAAAAUACUGGUGUUUAGAUCCGGCGAGAGCAGGACAAUGGAGUCUGAAUUUCCCUUUGGUAUUUACAAGAACUUAAAUCACUAUAAUUUACUUACUUGUUUGAAAAUGAAAACAGUAGCACUAUUACAAGCUAUAACUGUUUAAUAACAAACAUUUCAAGAUGGAAAAGUAAAACAAAUAUCUGAUAUUUAUUGCGUGGGAAAAACACAUGCGAUGACUAAUGGACUGUAAGUUGCCGUAAUAUUGCUACGAUUUCCCAUAUUUACGAAUCUAAUCAGGAUGCAGUGCUAACGACUUUUAGUUCAAAUCUGUUCUUUUCAUAUGUAAAUAUAUAUUCACUUAACAUGCCAUAAAACCAAACAUUCAAGACGUUGUAUUGUAGGAAGGUGCGAAUGCAAUGGUUUUACCGAACACUACUGUUACCAUAGAAACAAGAGACAAAGAGUAUGAAUAGGCAGCAAGAGAAGAAACUGAUGCCUUUCAAAAAUGCUAUACACUUUGAGAAAAAUUUCCCCAUCAAACUUAGCUAUAAAGAUAAGAGUCAUCCAUUUAAAAUGUUUGAUUACUAAAAUCCACCAUUAUGUACCCCAAAUUCCACCCCCUUUGAGAAACAGUACAUGAUUUUUAAAGUCUUGAAAUUGCAAGAAACUUAACAAAAGAGGUUGUUUGAUUUUAUCCGCAAUGUUACUCAAGCUUCGUAAACCAUAUAUUAACUAGUUGUUUAUUUAUUAUUACAAGACUGGUCUAACGUUUAGUGACAAGAAAUUACGAGUUUUCAGCAUUUGUUUGUUUGUUUGUUUGACUGACUGAUUCAUCAGUCCUCAGUGAAAGUGAUCGUUAGUUCGAUUAUUGCUUUUCAAGGAGUUAUUCAUUGAGCAUUUGGCCAUGGAAACCACGACCUUUAAAGGAGCAAUUUCGAAAUUGCGAAAAGAUAAAAAAGGUGAAGCUCACAAGUUGAAUUUAAAAAAAGAGAGAAAAAUUCAAAUAGAUAGAUAAUCAAAAUCCUAGCGAGAGAUAGACGGUAUAGUCACCGCGAAGGGAUGAUGCAAAAAGAAACAAAAAGAUUGAACUCUCAGUGGUUUAAGCUUAGCCUUUUGCACUACUGAUUACGUAUUCUAGUAAACCCACAGUGGUUUUGUAAAAACAUGAUCGUGUGACUGUUCUGUUUUGCUGGGACGAACUGAUCUGUUUUUAGAAUGACUUUAAUGGGGAAAUGAACUUUAGUGUGAGAGAUAAGUCGUGGUAUUGUCUUUUGAAAAAGCUCGGAGGUAAAUACUUCAUUGCUUUAUAUUUAAAAAUUCAUUCCAUUUAGAGGACAAUAAGCAAUAAAUAGUCCAAAUUGAUUGUUUUAAUUCCACAAAAUCGUAUAGUUUCCAUCAAAUUUAAGAAAUUACUUUUAGGCAUGCUGUAACAAUCAGGUUUUACUCGCGCUGCACUCCUCUAAAAAAGAAUUGACAAAAUCAGUCAUGGGAAACUGAAUUGUUAAUUUCUCUUAUUUUUGCGUACGUAACGCUCUACAUCAAAGUGCGCACCAGCAAAAACCAAAACCAAUCCUGCUCGUACCUACUCCACUGAGGUAGGUCGCACGCAAGUUUUAUCAGACUGAGUUUAUAACAUGCUGCUCAAAAGAAAAACCUGACACUCCUUGACUCAUCAGUGUGUACUGGUCGGGAAGCUUAAAACUGUAUUCUACACAGCUGAGCAACAGUUACCUUGGGAAGCUGUUCCUUAGCUCAGUAGUAAUCGAGCGUUCGGUUUUGACGAUCAGCGUGAGCAAGCUAACACAUGCAGCACUGAAAACUCCCUCCGCAAUAGAUACUGCACCCUGAUAUGACCUACACUUGUUUGCUGUUUGUUACUGACAUAACACAAUUCACUCAUAAUGUUUCCUCUUGUAAGACUUUCAAAUUCUGAGAGGCUCUUUGGUGUUACACGUUUUAUUUCGGUAGUUAUCAUUUGAUGAGUUGAAAUCGCCUCUUCCUUAAAUCCCAACUCACAACAAAUUGUUCAUAUUGCAUACCGUUUAUGAUAAUAUCAAUUUACACAUACUUGAUCUUGUUACUCUUUAUUUACUUUUCCUAACAACAGGAUGAAAAUGUUGGCAUUUAGGAUAAAAUUGAAACGUCGGGCAAUCGGUCGUAAUUAAAUUUUAAGUAGGAACAAAGGACGUCGAUUAGACAUUAAAUAAUUAAUAUUCGGUAGAAAUAACAGUUUUAUAAUGUUUUUUAAUAGGUAAACUUUUUCACACACUGUUCCGAAGUAUUUUUGCACCAGGUUAUAAUAAGAAUGACAAGAAUGAAAUUAUCAUCUUUAGGAUACACAACAGUGAAUAUACUAUGUUCCUUUUUCCAUUUUUUUCUUUUUCAAAUUUAACAAGUUUAAAUAAGAGAAGAUGAAUUCUAUUUUAAUCUAAAUGAAGCUGCGCCUAAACCCGCCCUCCAUGGCUUGUUGGAAGGGCUUAGGAAGGCUCUCAUACAACUUAUUAUCAUUAUUAUUAUUGUUAGUAGUAGUAGCAGUAGUAGCAGUAGUUUUCCUUCGUUGACAGCAACAGCUAAUAUUGCUGGUAGUUAAAUGAAUAAUUGACUUCAUAAGUUAUAGCUCUUAGACAACUAAAACACUACAUGAGAUGUCUUAUUCUUGUCUUUCUGAACUGUCCUCUCUACUGCAAUUGCUUUACUAGAAAUCGAAGAAACGAUUGAAAGAAAACAUUAAUGCUAUAUCUACGUCCAUUUUGUGCGUUCGUCGGGUUCUUUGCAGAAACCUUUAGCAAAACAGCUAUUCACUUACAGAUGUAAAAUGAAAGAGUAAAUAUACUCCGGGAUAAGCCGGAAAGAGAAACGACUGGUCACUCAGGGUAAUCAGUAACGUUAGUGUUUUCCAUAACAACCGCGUUGUUCCAUAAAAAAUAUUGCUAAAAUUUGACCUCUGUUUGUAUUCAAAACAAUUUGGCAUGUUAGAAUGAACGACUUUGGAUAAUGCGCGCGUGCAUUCAGUGUCUAUCUUGAAAAAGUAGGUUUUGGCAAAGAAUACAAGGUUGCAGAGCCGGGACUACUAACCAAGACAGUGUCAACCAUUUGCGCAACUUUACUUUUUGCUUAUGUUAUUUUCUUUGGUUUUCUUAAUUCUAACAACUGAUUACAAAUAAAUAUCUCAAAAGGCAUCAAGUGGAUAAUGGAGUUUCCUGUUUAAUCAAACAUGUUCAUUCAAUCCCACGCCAUAUACGUUUACAUAAAGUUCAUUGUUAUACAAUCGCUCAUUCUUAACGCUGAAUACAAAGCUCACUACGUCAACUUCCCUUCAGUUUCCGUUUUAUCUCAAAGUUAUUCACCCUCCUUAAUGCUCAAUUAGCUGUGAAAACGUUCACUGGAUAAUUAUUCAACUUUAGAGCUCACUGGCUGACACUUUAAGAGUUUAUUUCCUAUCAAGCAAAGAAAAAUAGUUCCUUCAUAGGGAUCCUCAGUUCAGUUAUAAACUCUAAAUCUGGACCAAACACUAAAUAGUUGUUUUGUUUAGAAUCAGGCUAAUCAUCUCUCUUUGUCCAAACCUUCCAUUAACAAACAAUAAGGCUAUAGCCCCAUAGCAUUAGUUCUAAAGUCAAACAAUAUACGCAUAAAGUGCUAUAUCAAUGAAGGAUUUAAAAACCAAACAAGAAUAAGGCGUGUUGUGGAGUGUUGUACUAACACUUUUCACUGAUGGUUUUCUACUUGAUAACUUCUAAACUUUUAACCUUUUUGGCAGUGUUCAAAAUAUUUUUCUGGCGAGAAUUUUAGUUUUCUUUUUUCGAUUAACCUUUCCAGAAGAGAGCGUGCUAUUGUCUCUAGGGAUUGAAAAGUGAUUGUUCCUUUUAAGUAAAAGCUAUUUUCUACCUGCUGUGAUUUGUUCCUUUCCAACAAACAACGUUUAAAGAAAAGCCAAACACAAGGCGUGGUGCUAAUUACAAAUAAUUAGCUCUUAGUCUAAGAAAAAUAAUAAUUACCUUGAAUUUAUAGUUCUCUUUUGGCCAGGAAAACUCCCGAAUCUUGCGUUUUUGACAGCAACAGCUACUUUACCAUCUUAGCCAACACGAACGUUUUUUCAUAUGGGCCUUAAAAAUUAAAUCUGCUCAGUAAACUGAGGUUAUAGCAAUAUUAGGCUUUCAGUGUUUGUGAAGUACAAAGAGCAAUCAAUCAAUUACGUAAAAACAUUCCUUUCCAAGUCAAUAUCACGGCUUGUUUUCUUUUGUCAGAUUCAUUCACAUCUCUGCGCACAGAGUAUACAGAGCAAGCCAUCACGGUCUCUAUUUUUGAACCCGUUAGAGAACCUAUCGGCCGAACAUGACUUCGGCCGGUUUUUAUCUGCCAAGUACGGCUACUGUCAGUCCAGUCUUUCAUUAUCCGUAUCAUUUUUCUGCCGGUCAGUACAUCAGUCCAGAGAUGUACCGGUAUUCAUUUUACCGCGAUAAAGAUAUCCUAACAGUAUUGCCGGGUUAUAUGAGCCAAUGUCAUCAUCCAGCUCUGCAUGGAAUGUCCUACUACAACACAGAUAACGAGAAACCAACUCAGUCAUACAUUGGUCUUAUUGGAAAAGCAAUUCUCAGCUCUCCACAACAGAAACUUGUACUGGGUGACAUCUACAACUAUAUUCUGACGCAUUAUCCUUACUUCAGAAACAAGGGACCGGGAUGGCGGAACUCCAUACGCCAUAACUUAUCACUGAAUGAUUGCUUUGUUAAAGUGGGUCGGUCUCCCAAUGGCAAAGGACACUUCUGGGCCAUCAACCCUGUCAACUAUGAUGACUUCAGUCGGGGUGAUUAUAAGCGAAAAAGAACUUCGAGAAGAAAUAGAGAAAUUAUGCAAUCUACAAAGGAAAAAUGGUCAAACGAGAAUUCAUCGGAAAAGAGCGACGAAUUGAAAACGCCCGAAACCGAUGUUUGGAAGAAUGAAUCAAAUAUUAUGCCCUGUAGCAAAACAAAUCCAUUAGAGAAAAGAGGUUUUCACAUAGAAACUCUUCUGUCCAACAAAUGGGAAGAGAUUAAAACAAGUGAAGUACAGAGUACGGUGUCUGCAUUUACUCUGACAUCUGCCCUUCAAAGAUCCAGAGAGGAGAGCUUUUAA